GCAUUUGGGUUGAGGUUCUCACUCGUUGCUCCUUACUGAAAACUUGAGGCCAGGGUGCCUCUCACUGUGCUGUGUGUUAUCUUAAACACAGAAGAAGAGGUUGAGGAGAGGAGGGAGAAGAAGAGCAAUUAUGGCAGCGGAGUCAGUGAGCGUGGCGUCGUCUCUCUGCAAUCUGAAUGGGUCGCAGAGGAGACCGGCCAUGUUGAGUCCGGUUCGGUACAUGGGUGCUCGACCAAAACCCUAUAACGCUUCCGCUACUUCAUCUUCUCUCUCUCACUUCCUUGGGAGUUCCAGAAUCAAAAUCAGUUCUUCAAAGCUCUACCAUUUGCACCCCAAGACUCCAAGAAACUUGUCAGUUUUGGCUAUGUCCGCUGAUGAGACAAAGCGUGCUGUUCCGUUAAGGGAUUAUCGCAAUAUUGGUAUCAUGGCUCACAUUGAUGCUGGCAAGACAACCACGACUGAACGAAUUCUCUACUACACUGGGAGAAACUACAAGAUUGGAGAGGUGCACGAGGGAACAGCUACAAUGGACUGGAUGGAACAGGAACAAGAAAGAGGGAUUACUAUUACUUCUGCUGCAACCACCACAUUCUGGAAUAAGCAUAGGAUCAACAUUAUUGACACUCCUGGUCAUGUUGACUUCACCUUAGAAGUGGAGCGUGCCCUUAGGGUGUUGGAUGGAGCUAUAUGCUUGUUUGACAGCGUUGCUGGUGUGGAACCACAAUCAGAAACGGUGUGGAGGCAGGCUGAUAAAUAUGGGGUCCCACGAAUUUGUUUUGUAAAUAAGAUGGAUCGUCUUGGAGCCAAUUUCUUCCGAACAAGAGACAUGAUUGUAACAAACUUAGGUGCCAAACCACUUGUAAUUCAGUUACCAAUUGGCUCAGAAGAUAGCUUUAAGGGAGUUGUUGAUCUGGUAAGGAUGAAAGCUAUAGUUUGGUCUGGAGAAGAGUUGGGUGCCAAGUUUGACUAUGUAGAUAUUCCAGAAGAUCUUCAAGAGUUGGCUCAGGAUUACCGAUCCCAGAUGAUAGAAACCAUAGUUGAGCUGGAUGAUCAGGCUAUGGAGAAUUACCUGGAAGGAGUUGAACCAGAUGAAGAAACUAUAAAAAAACUAAUCAGGAAGGGAACCAUUGCAGCAAGUUUCGUGCCGGUGAUGUGUGGCUCAGCUUUCAAAAACAAAGGGGUCCAACCUUUACUUGAUGCUGUGGUGGAUUAUCUACCUUCCCCAAUUGAUUUGCCACCAAUGAAGGGCAGUGAUCCUGAAAACCCUGAAGUGACAAUAGACAGGAAAGCAGAUGACGAUGAACCAUUUUCUGGACUAGCUUUUAAGAUCAUGAGUGAUCCAUUUGUAGGUUCCCUCACGUUCGUCAGGGUGUAUUCUGGAAAGCUUACUGCGGGCUCUUAUGUACUCAAUGCAAACAAGGGGAAAAAAGAGAGAAUUGGCAGGCUUCUAGAAAUGCAUGCAAACAGCAGAGAGGAUGUUAAAGUAGCUUUGACAGGUGAUAUUAUUGCUCUUGCAGGUUUAAAAGAUACUAUUACAGGUGAAACGUUGUCUGACCCGGAGAAUCCGGUUGUGCUUGAGCGGAUGGACUUCCCCGACCCUGUUAUAAAGGUUGCAAUUGAACCCAAAACUAAAGCUGAUGUUGACAGGAUGGCUGCUGGUUUAAUCAAACUUGCACAGGAAGACCCUUCUUUCCACUUCUCUAGGGACGAAGAGAUUAACCAGACAGUAAUUGAAGGAAUGGGAGAAUUACAUCUCGAAAUCAUUGUUGAUCGACUCAAAAGAGAAUUUAAGGUUGAAGCCAAUGUUGGUGCUCCCCAAGUGAACUAUAGGGAAAGCAUUUCCAAAGUCUCGGAAGUAAAGUAUGUACACAAGAAACAGUCAGGUGGACAGGGUCAGUUUGCAGAUAUCACAGUUCGGUUUGAACCCAUGGACCCAGGGAGUGGAUAUGAAUUCAAGAGUGAAAUAAAGGGAGGUGCUGUACCGAAAGAGUACAUUCCAGGGGUCAUCAAAGGAUUGGAAGAGUGCAUGAGCAAUGGUGUUCUUGCUGGCUUCCCUGUUGUUGAUGUACGUGCAGUGCUUGUGGAUGGUUCUUACCACGAUGUAGAUUCAAGUGUGCUGGCAUUCCAGCUUGCAGCAAGAGGAGCCUUCCGGGAAGGAAUGAGGAAAGCCGGGCCAAGGAUGCUUGAACCUAUAAUGAAAGUAGAAGUUGUUACUCCUGAAGAACAUUUGGGUGAUGUAAUUGGUGAUCUCAACUCAAGAAGAGGUCAGAUCAACAGCUUUGGUGACAAACCAGGUGGCCUUAAGGUUGUGGAUGCUCUGGUUCCUCUUGCUGAGAUGUUUCAAUACGUGAGCACACUCAGAGGAAUGACAAAGGGACGUGCUUCCUACACAAUGCAAUUAGCCAUGUUCGACGUGGUUCCACAGCACAUUCAGAACCAACUUGCCACAAAGGAGCAAGAAGUUGCCGCUUAGUGUCUCUUUCCCUUGUUCACAAGGACAUUUUUCUGUUAAUGUAAUUUAUGUUCAUUGUCCACUAGUUGGGGUUUACUUAUCUUUUUGAAAUUUUCUUCUCUUAAUUGUAAUUUUCCUUUGUCCAAUACAA